GGCGGAAGGAAGGCGGUGGGGCCGUACCGUGGUGCGGCGUGGGCUCGGGAUGGUGCAGGACCCGCGGGGACAGCUGGUGGCCGAGCUGCUGCUGCGGGCGGGGGCGGCGGGUGGCAUCGUGUGCCUCUGCUCCCGCGCCUUCGUGGAGGAUCGGAAGUUAUAUAAGCUGGGAUUAAAAGGAUUUUAUGUCAAAGAUGACGAUGAGAGUACGGGAGAGGAACAAGCAUCUGAGCAGGAAAACGGUUGUCCCACUGUGACACUGGGAGUGGACACUGAUUGUGCUCCGGACCUGGAAGAAGAUGACCUAGACUCAGAGGCCGAGCUUAUGAAGAGCAUGGGGUUACCUCUUCACUUUGGUGGGCACUCAGCUCACAGGGACUUUGUGGCAAAAGAAAAAUACAGAAAGAGAGGUAACGUGAAGUUUAUGAAAAAGAAAAAGAAGAAGAGAAAAGAAUUACAGCAAAAACACCAGGAUAAAAUGGAGCAGGGAUGCCAGGAUCACAUUUGUGGUGAUCAUAAGCAGCCCGUCUCAGAUGAGCCAGCCUCAGCUGGAGAGGCUACGGAGAAAAGUGUAAAAAACAGUGAAUCUCAGAUUGCAGGUGUAGGGAACUGUGGAAGUUCGGAGAGUGUUGCUAGUGAGGCCUUACCCAUUGAACGGAAAUGGGAGAAGUACUGGAGCGAGUAUGGAGAGGGCCUUCUUUGGCAAAGCUGGCUGGAGAAGCAUAAAGAUGUCUCAUCACCUGAAGCCAUGACAGCAUCGGAGCCUUGGAACAGUCCAGACACCAAGGAGGAGUGGGAGCAGCAUUACAGCGAACUGUACUGGUAUUACUGGGAACAGUUUCAGUACUGGACAAAUCAGGGGUGGACGACGGAGAGCUCACACACUGACAGUGUUCAGCUGAAUGGGGUUAUGCAGGAGACUGAUCUUUCACAAGAAAUGGACCUGGUCAGCCCAGAGGCUGAAGGCAGCAAAGUGCUGGUCUUGGAGCUGUCUCCUUCUCACACCAGAAGUGAGGAAACACUCACUUCAAGUGCUGAGCCCCAUCAUGAGAUAAUCUCUGGGAUUUGUAAUUUAAACCUAAAUUUGGACACAUCGGAGCAGAGCAGCGCACCUCUAACAGUAACCAAUGAAGAGCUUCAAGAGCACAGUUCGUGUAACAGCAAAAGCCAGAGUCCCUGUGUUUCAAGCCAGAAGGAACCAUGUGAUGGAGGAACCAGGAAAAGGAGAGCAUCUUGUGAAAAUAGAAGUAUUAACCAGUCAGGUUCCCAGGAGUCAGGUAACUCAUGUAGCUCUAAUGACAAAGAACAGUUGCUGCUUUGUGAUCAAAAUGAAGAUGAAGGAGGAGAAGAGCCUCCUGAAAACAGAAGUGCCAAAGUGAAGAGAAGCCAUGAACUGGAUGUGGAUGAGAAUCCAGUGGAAGAUCCUGAGGAAACCUGUUCUAUUUUGGGCUUCAAGUGUGGUGCAGGACAAAAGUACGGUGGAAUCCCAGAUUUCACUCACCGAAGCGUUCAGUACCUGGAGAAAAAAGCAAAACUCAAGUCCAAAUUUUUGGACAUGCGUAAACCAAGGAAGAGCAAAAACACACACAUCUUCUUUACAGAGGAGCCUGAAACAUCUUGCAGAAAAAACAAAACUCUGAAGAAGGUGGAAGCAUUCCUGAAGCAGGUUAAUGAAUCUGUGGAGGAAGCCAUGUACCAGAAAGCCUCUCCUCUGAGUAAAGUCGAGGAGUCAUCAACAAGCAGCGACUCGGAGGAUCAGGAAAGUGUCGCCACUGCACGGAGUGUGAGGGUCAGCAUGGAGGCCCCUGAGCUGCUACCUUCCAGUGUGGUUGGUGGUGACCCUGGGACGAGUAAGCUGGAAGAGGAGGCAAUGAAUGCAGCAGCAAACAGCGCUGGAUGCCAGGGCAGGAGAAAGCCCGAGUGUGGCUCUGGAAGAGUGCUGGUCCCUCUGGACAUACCAGAUUAUCUCCAGGCAGAAAUGGAGGACGUGAGCCCAGUUGUAGAUGAAAAAAAUACUGCAAAGAAGAAGGAGAGAAAAAGGAGGAGAAAGCAUAAGAUGGCACUGGGAGAGAUACCUCCCGAGAUUGCUGCGGAUCCUGAGCUGAUAAAGUACUGGGCGCAACGCUACAGGCUGUUCUCUCGAUUUGAUGAGGGGAUUAAACUAGAUAGAGAGGGCUGGUUUUCUGUUACUCCUGAGAAGAUAGCAGAGCAUAUUGCGGUCCGUGUCGCUCAGUCAUUCAACUGCAAUACAAUAGUGGAUGCCUUCUGUGGGGUUGGAGGAAAUGCUAUUCAGUUUGCUUUGACUUCAAAAAGAGUGAUCGCUGUUGAUAUAGAUCCCGAGAAACUCAGCCUUGCACGCAGCAAUGCCGAGGUGUACGGCGUGGCCAACCAGAUUGAAUUUGUGUGUGGAGACUUCAUGGUGCUGGCUGCUGACCUGAAAGCAGACGUUGUGUUCCUCAGCCCUCCUUGGGGCGGGCCUGACUAUGCCACUGCUGAAAUCUUCGACAUCCAAACUAUGAUUUGCCCAGAUGGAUUUGAAAUUUUCAGGCUCUCCAAGAAGAUCACAAACAACAUUGUGUAUUUUCUACCUCGGAAUACUGACAUUAACCAGAUCGCUUCCUUGGCAGGGCCAGGAGGGAAAGUUGAAAUAGAGCAAAAUUUUCUCAAUAACAAACUGAAGACAAUAACAGCUUAUUUUGGGGAUCUAAUAAGGCCUGACCUCUCCUGAAUUUCAUGUGUGUUCUUCCAGGGGCAACCUCGUUGCCUACUUCACUGCAUAAACCUUUGUACAACUGGCAUGUCCAAAAUGACGUAAAGCUGUUUUCUGCUUUAAUUUCUAUUCUGAAAAAUGUUUUGUUCAUUGCUACUGUCAAUAAAUGUUUUAUAAGAAUUUUGGCAAAUUUCUAGAACUAGAGUAGCUGUGAACAUAGAAGAAACUCUUUCUAAACAGUCUUGUAAGAUUCAAGUCCAGCCAGUUGAAGGGGACCUGGCGACUUCUUUGCAGCUCUGAUGCGUGCUGCUUCCAUACUCACUCCGUUGUGGAUGUUCAGGGUGUUGAAUAGUUUGAAAGACACCAAGUGUCAAGAACUUCUGUCUGUGCUUACAAAACAUGAGCACCUGAACAUAACAUGGACCUGGGUGGUAUGAUACACGCUGCCAGAUACAGCUGUCAUCUGGCUUCUCAGGCUUCCUGCUUGCCUGGAAACCUUUUCAGGUUUCUUCUUGCCAUGAAGGCCCACAUUUGCUAUAGUGAGUUCUGCAGCUUGCUGCAGCUUACAGAGUGAGUAGGGUGUGUUUGUGGCUGGCAGCAGGGCUGUACCCUCUGCUUUGCAAUUUAUUCUUUUUCCCCCUUUUACAGAUAUUCAGGUGAAACCUGACUGGAGGUUGGUCCUAGUAGCUUUACUGGAUGAGUUACACACAGAUUUGUGUCCCCUUUUUGGACACCGGCUCCUUAUGCAGGCAGUACGGAGCAGCAGGGGGAGUGCUAAUCCUAGUGGGAGUAAUCCACUCCCAGUCUGGGUUUUGAGGGAGAGCAGUUGCCUUCAAACAUUUCUCCAAGCAGAAAAGCAGUCAGACAAGAAGAGAAGUGUCUGUAGGGCACAGAUGUGGAAUUCUCACUGAAACACACUUACAGAAAGUAUGCAAGAUUAAUGUUGAUAGUGCUUUUGAGGUAAGAGUGUAGGAAUACAAUUUUGAAGAUGAGAAGUGUUGAUUCUCCUCUGCUUGGAGUGCAGCAAAUCAUGAUGUUGAAGGCAGCAAAGGCUAAGCACCGAACCAUGGGUCUGUGCUGAUGAACAAAGCUUUGUAGAAUAACAGCGUGGAACCAAAUGAGAAGAAUUAUCUUUAAAGAUAAUAAAGAUAUAUUUAAAGAUUUUAUCAGAUCUUUAUAUCAGUUAAGACAGGUUUGUGUGACACUCAUUGCAAGUGUCAAAGUGCAGUAAGGAAGCACCUAUGAAUGAAUUUUGCAAAAUUUAUUGUCCUUCCAAUACCAGGCAACUGCUAAGGUGUUAUAUGAGCAUUUUCUACCUUCAUAUGAGGUGUAAUCUUUCAACUGUUUAAUUUGCUUCACUGAAUUGUUUUAACUGUGUUGAAGAGAGGAACUGCUGUAAUGGUGCAGGUCCCUAUGCCAGUAUUUAAAAGGAGUGGGAAAGGAGAGAAACUACCUGCUCUGCAGUGUUUCCUAAAGAAGGGCAAGGGAGAUUGUGCACUGUACACCCGCCUCUUCCUCAGAAAUGUGUUGGAUUUGCAGACAGUCCUCGCUAUGAGGAGGAAGAGGGGAGUGGCAAGUGCUGAUAUUACAGGUCCAAGCCUACUGCAGCAGUAGCAUGUAAAUGUAGUGAUGCUAUUAAAAUUCCACUGUCAGCUAAAUUUAAAAAAAAAAAAAGAAAAAAAAAAGGUAGCCGUAAAAUCACAAGGCCAAAUGAAAAAUAAAUGUAUAACUCAGUAUGUUAUAGUUCUCUGUAACUGAAAUUUGACCAUAUUGGCCCUACAGCUGCUUACAGAAAAGUUGUCAUCUUAUUCUUUGGUCCUUUUUCUUUCCCAUAGUUAAGAAUAACUUUAGAAGCAUUUUGAGAUCUCACUAACACCACUCCUUUUACCUCGUUUUACCACUUCGUUUAUCAGAAAGGUGGUCUGAUUUUGUUCAUUGUCCAGUUUUCAGGAAGUAGAAGCUGAAACAUGGCACACAAAGUACAUCUACUGUUCCAAUUUAGUGAACUCAGUGGUAAAAAUGAAAGACUUGUUUAAGGCUUUUACUGAGCGGGGCAAGCAUGUUAAGAGUGAAAAAUGGAAGAAUAACUUUGUUCAUGCCUGUUCUUCUGUGUAGCCAACAAGUGAAAAAGAGAUUUGUUAGUUGAUUGGUUGAUUUGUAUUGAAUACCACUUGAAGUCAGAAUAGACUCUGCUGGGUUGUGAUAAGUGGUUGCUGACGGUUUCAUGCUUGGUGCCAUUUCCAAGGGUGGAGAGUCACUCAAUUAAACCUAAUGGACUGAUCCUAAUAAAACUUUAAACCUUCCAUACCUCUAAGAGCAUUCAGUUCAUGGGCGUCGGUAGUUUCAACCAACAACAACAAACUCUUUAUAGCAGACAGAGUCAGUCGUUGCAUGAGUUUCUAUAAGGUGGUGUUCUGCUUUGUAUUUUGGAAAAGAAAUGUAAUGUGCUGAAACAGAAUUAAAUUUCCAGAGUUUUAAUACCGUGUUGAGUCCGGUAGUAUUUUGCAGAUCACGUGCGACAAAUUAGUGUUAGGCUACCAAGAAGUUACAUUGCCAGUGCAAAGUAAAUUUUCGUAGAGGUUUAGUUUUGCAUUGAUUUUAAUCUGCCAAAGAAGCUAUGAGAAAAAUGUGGAGUAUUUUUUGGAGGCAGACUACCAUUUGUACUAACUACCACAAACGCGUACUCCUUCACUUUCUACCAUGCUCCCAAGGUUCUGAUUUCUCAAGUUUAUCUUAAUUAAAUCAGGUAUUAAGCCAA